AUGGACAGGGCGGUCUUGGUGAAGUCCAAUCUUAAGAACGCUGUUUUGCAGCGUGCAGUCCUCACUCGCAGUGACCUCACAGAUGCUGUUGUUGAGGGGGCUGAUUUCAGCAACGCCCUUGUAGACAGGGUGCAGCAGAUGGCCCUGUGCAAGUACGCUGGUGGGAAGAACUCUGUGACGGGCGCCGAUACAAGGAAGAGCUUGGGCUGCUCAUCUUCAAGGAGAUACAAGGAGAUGUCCCCAAGCAGCCCAGAAGGCACCCAGGUGUCUGAGGCUGCAAAGAAGGAGUUCACCAAGACGAUUCCAAAGUACAGAGAGUGA